AUGCUUCUAAUACCUUCCUUGUGUCAAAGUGAUGUAACUACGGCUGUGUACAUUGUUACUCUGAGACAAGCUCCUGCUUCUCACUACCAUCAUGAGUUGAUCUCAGUGGGUAACACGUCUAGACAUGGUGCAUAUGGGAGCAGAAGGACUAGAGUUCAUAAACCAAGACAUCAGAAUGUUACAAAGGAAGAUAAAGGACAUCGUUCAUACUUUGCCCGAGUUCAUGACUCGUUGUUGAAUAAGGUGUUUAAGGGGGAGAAAUAUCUGAAGCUCUAUAGCUAUCAUUACUUGAUUAAUGGAUUUGCUGUGUUGGUUACCCAACAGCAGGCAGACAAACUGUCAAGGAGAAGUGAAGUGUCCAAUGUGGUUUUGGAUUUUUCUGUGAGGACUGCAACCACCCACACUCCACAAUUUUUGGGGCUGCCACAGGGAGCUUGGUUGCAAGCAGGUGGGUUUGAAACUGCUGGAGAAGGAAUUACUAUUGGGUUUGUUGACACUGGCAUUGAUCCUACACACCCAAGUUUUGCUGAUGAUAAAUCUCAACAUCCUUUCCCUGUUCCUGCUAAUUUCUCUGGCGUCUGUGAGGUUACUCCAGAUUUUCCAUCCGGUUCUUGCAACAGGAAGCUAGUUGGGGCCAGACAUUUUGCAGCUUCUGCGAUAACCAGAGGAAUAUUUAACUCAUCUCAGGACUAUGCUUCUCCCAUUGAUGGUGAUGGCCAUGGCACGCACACGGCUUCUGUUGCAGCUGGAAACCAUGGAAUUCCAGUGAUCGUUGCAGGGCAAUUUUUUGGAAAUGCUAGUGGGAUGGCUCCUCAUUCGCACAUUGCCAUUUACAAGGCAUUAUACAAGAGAUUUGGAGGAUUUGCAGCAGAUGUUGUUGCAGCAAUUGACCAGGCAGCUCAGGAUGGGGUUGACAUAAUAUGCUUGUCAAUCACUCCUAAUAGGCGUCCUUCUGGUAUUGCAACUUUCUUCAAUCCAAUUGAUAUGGCAUUGCUAUCAGCUGUAAAAGCUGAUAUUUUUGUAGUGCAAGCUGCUGGAAACACUGGACCAUCACCUAUGAGCAUGUCCUCCUUCAGUCCAUGGAUCUUUACAGUUGGUGCCACCUCUCAUGAUCGAGUUUAUAGCAACACCCUGUGUCUUGGAAAUAAUGUGACCAUACCUGGAGUUGGACUUGCACCUGGCACACGUGAGAACACAAUGUUCAAACUGAUUCAUGCACGACAUGCUUUGAACAAAAGCACAACAGUUGUUGAUGAUAUGUACAUUGGUGAGUGUCAAGAUGCAAGUAUAUUCAAUCAGGAUUUGGUCCAAGGCAACCUUUUGAUGUGUAGCUAUUCAGUUCGAUUUGUGCUUGGGCUCUCCACCAUCAAACAGGCCUUAGAAACAGCCAUGAACCUUAGUGCGGUUGGUGUUGUUUUCUCCAUGGAUCCUUUUGUGACUGCUUUUCAGCUUAACCCAGUUCCAAUGAGAAUACCUGGCAUCAUAAUUCCAUCUUCAAAUGAUUCCAAGAUAUUACUGCAAUACUACAAUUCUUCACUGGAAAUAGACGGGGAUUCAAAAAAAAUUGUAAAAUUUGGGGCUGUUGCUAGCAUUGGUGGUGGAUUAGAAGCUCACUACAAUAAUGAGGCCCCAAAGGUUGUGUAUUACUCUGCCAGAGGACCAGAUCCAGAGGACAGUCUUCCUCAUGAAGCUGACGUUAUGAAACCCAAUUUGGUAGCUCCCGGAAGUUUUAUAUGGGCUGCUUGGAGUUCUGUUGCCUCUGAUUCUGAUGAAUUUUUAGGUGAGAAUUUUGCAUUGAUGUCUGGCACAAGCAUGGCUGCACCUCAUAUUGCUGGCCUUGCUGCGCUAGUUAAGCAAAAGUUCCCCAAUUUCAGUCCUGCAGCCAUUGGAUCUGCCCUUUCCACUUCAGCUUCUCUGUAUGACAACAAUGGAAGGUCAAUAAUGGCUCAGCGAUCAUAUCCUACCAUAGACCUUAACCUAUCUCCAGCGACUCCCUUUGACAUGGGAAGUGGUUUUGUGAAUGCUACUGCAGCAUUAAAUCCGGGAUUGCUUUUUGAUUCUAGUUAUGAUGAUUAUAUGGCAUUCCUGUGUGGUAUCAAUGGUUCAACUCCAACAGUGCUAAACUACACCGGUCAAAAUUGCUGGACUUAUAACUCUACAGUAUAUGGCCCUGAUCUGAACUUGCCCUCAAUCACAAUAGCAAGGUUGAACCAAUCUAGAGUAGUGCAAAGAACAAUGCAAAACAUUGCUGGAAAUGAAACAUACAAUGUUGGUUGGAGUGCUCCAUAUGGCACUUCUAUGAAAGUGUCUCCUAAUCACUUCUCUCUUGGCAGUGGGGAGAGACUAGUCUUGUCUGUGACCUUGAAUGCAACCAGCAAUAGCACUGCUGCCAGCUAUGGUAGAAUUGGGCUGUAUGGUAACCAAGGUCAUGUUGUCAACAUUCCUGUGGCAGUCAUUUUCAAAAUCUUAUAA